AUGCGUCCACCCACCAAGAAAAGAAAGAUUGCGACCCCCGCACAGCCGGAGGAAAUAUCAUUCAACCCAGAAUCCCGCGCGGAGUUUCUGACUGGAUUCCACAAGCGAAAAGUCCAGCGCGCGAAAAAGGCCCAGGAAGCUGCGGAGAAAAGAGCGAAGGAGGAGCGGAGAGAGACGCGGAAAAAGAUCCGACUAGAACGAAAGGCGGAAUUUGAAGAAGCGUUGAAGAGGCAUAGGGCUGAGAUGGAGGCACUGAAUGGGUUCCCUGCUACGGGAGAAGGGUCCGGGUCUGACUCAGAGCAAGAAGGAGGGGAUAACGACGAGGAAGAAGAAUGGAGCGGGAUUGCCGAACCGCCGCCUGUGGACUAUGAGGCGGAAUAUAUCGACGAGGAUAAAUAUACUACUGUCACAGUGGAAGAGAUCGAAGCUACCAAGGAGGGAUUGGUUCCGAGGAGGGAGCUUAAUGAGAAAUCCGAAGACGAAGACGAAAACUCAGGAGACGAGGAUGAAGAAGAAGACGGAGAAGGGACUAAAGCGAAGGAUGGCGGACAGUCGAAGAAGAAGAAGAUAUGGACGAAAGAGAACCCGAAUAAAGAUGUAAAGAAGAAACGGAAGCGGAAGCGGGACUUCAAGUAUGAGAGUCCGCUGGAGAGAAAGCUAAACAGGGCUAAGGAGCGUGGGAGGAAGAAGAAGCAGGCCGAGGCAAGGAAAGCUAAGAAAGAGUAA